UAGUUUAUAGGAAAGCUCCAUUGAGAGCAUACUGGCAAAAUUGUACGAACCUAUUCAUUUCAUUUCAUAUCCCUGGGAUUCCCUGCAAGCGUCCAAAGUCAGCUGGACCGCUAAAAAAUCUUGCCGAUAUUGUCUUGUACCAGAAAACGGCUAUAUAUUUUGAAAUGAGCAGCAAAGAGGUCAUCUUGUCUUCUGCAAGACAGUUCUUGAACUUUGUGAACAAAUCACCAUCACCAUACCAUGCUGUGGAUGAAGUGAAGAAGAGACUUGUGGCUGCAGGUUUUAAUGAACUCAGAGAAGCUGACCACUGGGAGGUUCAACCUAAACAGAAGUAUUUUGUUACGAAGAACCAGUCAACAAUUAUAGCGUUUGCUGUGGGUGGAAAGUUCAAAGCUGGAAAUGGGUUCAGUAUUGUGGGAGCACACACCGAUAGUCCCUGUUUGAAGGUGAAGCCAGUCUCCAAGCUGAAUAAAUGUGGUUACCACAUGGUUGGUGUUGAAUGUUACGGAGGUGGUAUAUGGCAUACUUGGUUUGACAGAGAUCUUACAGUAGGAGGUCGUGUACUGGUUAAAGUUGAUAACAAGAUAGAACACAGACUUGUACAUGUAGAGAGGCCUAUAUUGAGAGUUCCCCAUAUUGCUAUACAUCUACAAAGGGAUCACAAUGAAAAAUUCUCACCUAACAAGGAAACUAAUGUAUGUCCAGUUUUGGCAACAGAAGUUCAGUCUCAACGGGGUGGUGACAGUCCUGGUACACCAGACAGUGAAGCAACAGAAAAUGCUCAACAGACACAGAAGGACAAGCAUCAGCCCCUGUUGGUACAGCUGUUGUGUGAGGAACUGAAGGUAGAACCAGAUCAGCUGAUGGAUUUUGACCUUCACCUUGCCGACACUCAACCUGGUGUUAUAGGAGGUGUACUGGAGGAGUUUAUUUUCUCUCCGAGGUUGGACAACCUGCUGAAUGCCUAUACUGCUGUAGUGGGUCUGAUAGAAUCUUGCAGCAGCUCGACACUGGAUGAUGACAGCAACAUUAGAAUGAUCAGUCUCUUUGAUAAUGAGGAGGUUGGCUCAGAGAGUGCACAGGGAGCUGGUUCCAGUUUCCAGGAAUAUGUUCUACGCCGUCUCAGUAGUGGCGGGUCCCAGACCGCAUUUGAGGAAGCCAUUCCAAAGUCUUACAUGAUCAGUGCAGACCAAGCUCACGCCAUACAUCCUAACUACAGUGAUAAACAUGAGAGUAAUCACAAGCCAGGGUUUCACAAGGGUAUAGUUGUCAAGAUCAACGGUAACCAACGUUACGCUUCCACUGCUAUCACAAAUACUAUACUGAGGGAGGUAGGAAGAAUGGCUGAUAUACCGUUACAGGUAACUAUGUUGCCUUCUUUCUGUAUCAAUAAUCUUUGUAGCUUUUAUUGCAAGGGACCUACAUACAUCAUUUUAGGUUUUGCCAUUCAAGUGAAUGAGCCUUUUAAAGACUGGCCUGUAUUAAGAUACAAUCAAGAGAUACAGAGACAUGGUUUGUUGUAG